UUUAUUGAAUUACUGAUUUAGAUGAGGAGACGGUGGUCGGUCCCUCUCUGCGGCGUAGACGAAAUUAUUCCUUCGCAGCUUUCUCGCCAGUUCCACUCUUCCACCCUCGUCAAUUGAUAAAAGUGAUAUUGAGCUUUCUAAGGUACUAUUUCCUUUCCUUUGUUAGGGUUUCGGUUACAUUCUUCCAAUCGGUACUGAUUUUUGCUUCAUAAGCCAAUGCGGUGAAACAGAACGAGAAUCAUCGCUUCUAGUAUUAUCGUGAUUGUCUACGACUGAGGUAUAUAUAAGACUUUCAAUCAUUCUUAGAUGCCUCGUUGCAAAGACGAGUCCCCUGCGGUUCGUGUCUACACAGUUUGCGAUGAAUCCAGAUAUUUGAUUGUGAGGAACGUUCCAGCAUUAGGUUGCGGCGAUGACUUGCUGCAACUCUUUUCAUCAUACGGAGAAGUAGAGGAGUGUAAGCCAAUGGAUGCAGAAGACUGUGAGCAAUUCACCGAUGUUUAUUGGAUCAAGUUUGGUCUUUUCAGCAAUGCCAGGUUUGCGAAAAGAAAAUUGGAUGAUUUUGUUUUCCUCGGAAACCGAUUACAGGUUUCGUAUGCUCCUCAUUUUGAGAGUCUGUUGGAUACAAAGGAUAAAUUGGAGGGAAGAAGAAGGGAGGUUUUAGCUCGACUGAACCCUGGAAGAUCCAAAGAGACUAUUGCCUCAAGCUCUAGGUCCGUAAUUACAUCAAGCACCAGUUGCUUAUCAGAACAUCUAAAUCCUAAUCAAAGAAAUGCAGAAUUUGAAGCAAAGUCAAACAGCGGUAAUCUUCCAAAAAGAAUGGUUUCCUCUAACGAGGACUAUUUUCCCUCCCGUACCAUGAAUCAAACAGUGAGGUUUGUCAGGGAUAAGCUUGAUAAGAUUCAAUCCAGUGGCGAGCAUCUACAAGCUGGAUCAACAUCAAAAAAAGCACGAGUUGAUAAUAGGAGGAGGAUUUAAUGUGUAAAAUUAAAAAGUUUUAGGUAAUUGUGAUGUUCUCUUAGGUUGUGUUUGAGAGGUUUUUGGAGAGAAGGGGGAGGCUUAUGGCUAGCCUCCUCCUUGUUUGGGAGUUUUAUAGAAAAUUGGAAAGACAUUUGGGAAAUAUUUAAAAAAAACUCUUCAAACACAUCUUAUAAGUAUUUUUUGAGUUCCCCAAAUUGAGGUACUCAAAAGAAAAAAAUGAAAUGAUUUAUUUACCCUUUGCAAAUUGAAAGUACACUACUAAUAUCAGAAUGGAGCCCUACAUUAUCGGAUUUCCUCUCUCUCUCUCUCUCUCUCAAGCUCUAUUCAUUCCUUCUGGUUCAAGAUCGAUCUCCUUUUGGGAUUUGUUUGAAUUAAUGUUAUAAGGGGUGAAAGUGUAUUAUGAAUUCCAUUGGAGUGUCUGUGCUCUUGCAUUUACCUAGAGGUAGAUAUUUCACUCGUUCUUGUUAGCUCUUAUGUAGUUUGAAAUUUGUAAUGUAUCCAUAUUAUCUUGCUUCUGGUUGAGUUUUGUUUUCCAUUUUGUGGAAAUUAGUUGUCUUUGUAAAAUAGGGCAAAAACCUUGUUUGAGUUACAUCAAUGUAUACAUCAAAGGUUUAAUUGAGUUGCCUUUUUGCUCAUUUUA